AUGAGACAUCCUGCUGACUCUCCUAUCUGGAAAAAUUUUGAUACUUUGUAUCCCAAGUUUGCGAGUGAGCCUCGCAACGUCAAACUAGGUUUAGCAGCAGAUGGAUUUAAUCCAUUCAAGGCAAUGAAAGUUGCUCACAGCAGGUGGCCAAUUAUUGUGAUGCCUUAUAAUUUGCCACCGUGGUUGUGCAUGAAACAACCUCAUAUAAUGAUGAUAUUGCUCAUUGAUGGUCCUUCUUCACAUGGCAAUAACAUUGAUGUCUAUUUGCGCUUGUUAGUGGAUGAACUGAAUGAAUUGUGGGAAAAUGGUGUUCAGACAUACAAUGCAGAAACUAAUCAAAUGUUCCAAUUGCACGCGGUCUUACUGUGGACAAUAAAUGAUUUUCCUGCAUAUGCAAAUUUGUCUGGAUGGAGCACGAAAAGCGCUUUAGCUUGUCCUUGUUGUAACAUACGUACUCGACAUCGGUAUUUAAAGAAUGGAAGGAAAAUUUGUUACAUGGGGCAUCGCCGCUGGUUGAAUGCGAGUCACAAAUUUCGAAAAGAUGGUGCGUCGUUUGAUAGAACUUCUGAAUUUGAACCAUGUCCAACUCGGUUAUCAGGGGCUAAUGUGCUACGACAGCUACGGCCUAAAUAUCAACCAACUAACAGACAAAAAAGAACUAGGAAAGGAAAGGAAAAAGAGGACAACGAGGAGGAUCAUAAUUGGAGGAAGAGGAGUAUUUUCUUUGAGCUUCCAUAUUGGGAGAAUAAUUUGAUUCGCCACAAUCUUGAUGUAAUGCACAUUGAGAAGAAUGUGUGUGAUAAUGUAUUAUGGACGAUAUUAAAUGUUGAUGGGAAAGGAUGGGAUAAUUUAAAUGCUCGUCGAGACUUGCAAGAUGUGGGAAUUCGAAAGGCAUUACAUCCUAAAAAAGGGGUUGGGAACAGGCAGUUGUGCUCUAAAACUCUAGAGCCAUAUGGGUUAGAUCGUCUUCAAUCCCAAAUUGCUCUUACACUUUGUCAUCUUGAGAGAAUUUUUCCUCCAUCCUUUUUCGAUAUAAUGGAGCACUUGCCUAUUCACCUAGCAGAGGAGGCCAAGAUUGUCGGUCCAUUGCAAUACCGCUGGAUGUACUUCAUAGAAAGGUACUUGGAUGAUGUCGAGUCAAAAUUGAAUCGACCAAUAAGGAAUUAUGAUGUUAGCGACAAUCCUGGGAUAUUACUGGGUCAUGCUUUAGGAAAAGGAAAAGGGUUUGCGCUUGAUAACACAUCAUGGGUACAAGCUCAUCGGUAUGUGUUAUUUAACACUGCUGUGGUUGUCCCAUAUCGAGAGGAGCAUCGUGAUUUUAUUAAGCGGUCACAUCGUUGUCUCAAAGAUUUUGAUGUGGAUCGCCGUCACAAUGAUGAGUUUCCCAGAUGGUUUAAUUCUCAUGUUGAAGAGCUUCUAGCUAUUCAAAAUGCUGUGUUGUCAGAUGCGAUUAAAACUUUGGCAUUGGGACCUAGAAAAAAGGCCAUGAGAUUCAGUGGGUAUAUAAUUAAUGGUACUAGGUAUCAUACGAGGAGUCGUGAGUGGAGAAGAAAAACUCAAAAUAGUGGGGUUAUGGUGAAAGUAAAGACUUGUAGCUAUACAAGUACCAGAGACAUGAAUCCUGUGGAAGGUGAAGUAGCAUACUAUGGAUAUAUGACAGAUAUUAUUGAAUUGUAUUACUCAUACGAUCGUAGAUAUGUGCUAUUCAUGUGUGACUGGAUUGACAACAACAAAGGACUGAAGCAGGAUGGGUUUGGUUUCACACUUGUUAAUUUCAAUCAUUUGUUAUAUACAAAAAAACAAAAUAGCGAUGAGCCAUUCAUCCUAGCAUCUCAGGCACAACAAGUUUUCUAUGUUAAUGAUCCCAUUGGAGCUGAUUGGGAUGUUGUAGUCAAGAUGAAACCUAGAGACUUAUAUGAGGUGUGUGGAGAACAACCAAUUAAUGAUGGAGAACAUCACAAUGAAGUGGAAGGAUUUGCCGACCAAGAGUUAGAUGCAACUUCGUUUGCUUGUGAAGAGGAUAUAAAUUAG